AGCGAGGGGAGGGGUAUCGACGCCAUUUUCGGCGGCUGACUGGGGAGCCGGGGACGCUGAUCUCGGAGGUUCGGGACGGGUCGGGCUGCUCGCCGCUCGGGACCCGUUUGGCCGAGUCAGGUCAGGCAGGGGGAGCCUCCGGAGGCGAGGGGGCCCCGGGCGAGGAUGUGUCGGGGCGGCGGCGGCCGGCCCUGCCUCCCUCGCUGGUGACUGACUGACAGACCGACGCCCGGCAGCCCUCCCUGGGCCCUCGAGGGACUUGACGGCUGCUCCCGAGCUCGGGGACUGGCGGCCCCGCCGGCCGGCCCUUUGUCUCCAGGCCUCCCGUCGUCGGCCCCCGCGCCGGCGGAUCUAGGCGGCGGCCCGGGGCGGCCCCAGCCCCCCUCCCUCCUUGUCAGCCCGCGGGGAGCGCGGUCACCGCAGGAGCAGGACGAAUGUAUGACAACAUGUCCACAAUGGUGUACCUAAAGGAAGACAAAUUGGAGAAGCUUACCCAGGAUGAAAUUAUUUCUAAGACAAAGCAAGUGAUUCAGGGACUGGAAGCUCUGAAGAAUGAACACAAUUCUAUCUUGCAAAGUUUACUUGAGACGCUUAAGUGUUUGAAGAAAGAUGAUGAGAGCAAUCUGGUGGAAGAGAAAUCGAACAUGAUUCGCAAGUCACUGGAAAUGUUGGAACUUGGGCUGAGUGAGGCACAGGUAAUGAUGGCUUUGUCAAACCAUCUGAAUGCAGUUGAAUCAGAGAAACAGAAAUUGCGUGCCCAAGUACGCCGCCUGUGCCAGGAAAAUCAGUGGCUGCGGGAUGAGUUAGCUAACACACAGCAGAAGCUACAGAAAAGUGAGCAGUCUGUGGCUCAGCUGGAGGAAGAAAAGAAGCACCUGGAAUUCAUGAAUCAGUUAAAAAAGUAUGAUGACGACAUUUCUCCAUCAGAGGACAAAGACAAUGAUUCUACCAAAGAACCUCUGGAUGACCUUUUCCCCAAUGAUGAAGAUGACCCAGGUCAAGGAAUUCAACAGCAACAUAGCAGUGCAGCUGCUGCUGCCCAGCAAGGGGGCUAUGAAAUUCCAGCACGGCUUAGAACUCUUCAUAACCUUGUUAUUCAGUAUGCUUCCCAAGGUAGAUAUGAGGUUGCUGUACCAUUGUGCAAACAAGCACUAGAAGAUCUUGAGAAGACCUCUGGUCAUGAUCACCCUGAUGUUGCCACCAUGCUAAAUAUCUUGGCUCUGGUAUACAGAGAUCAGAAUAAAUACAAAGAUGCAGCUAACUUACUAAAUGACGCACUGGCUAUCCGUGAAAAAACCUUGGGCAAAGAUCAUCCAGCGGUGGCAGCAACUCUGAAUAAUCUUGCAGUGCUUUAUGGUAAAAGAGGGAAGUACAAAGAAGCUGAGCCUUUGUGUAAGAGAGCUCUGGAAAUCAGAGAGAAGGUUUUGGGAAAAGAUCACCCAGAUGUGGCCAAACAGUUAAAUAACUUGGCCUUACUCUGCCAGAACCAGGGCAAGUAUGAGGAGGUAGAAUAUUACUAUCAAAGAGCCCUUGAGAUCUACCAGACAAAACUGGGACCAGAUGACCCAAAUGUGGCCAAAACAAAAAAUAAUUUGGCAUCCUGCUACCUGAAGCAAGGGAAAUUCAAGCAGGCUGAAACACUAUACAAGGAGAUUCUCACUCGUGCACAUGAGAGAGAGUUUGGCUCUGUAGAUGAUGAAAAUAAACCCAUUUGGAUGCAUGCUGAGGAGAGAGAAGAAUGCAAAGGAAAACAAAAGGAUGGGACAUCUUUUGGGGAGUAUGGUGGCUGGUACAAAGCUUGCAAAGUUGAUAGUCCAACUGUGACAACCACUUUAAAGAAUCUUGGAGCACUUUAUAGACGUCAAGGCAAGUUUGAAGCUGCUGAAACAUUAGAGGAGGCAGCCAUGAGGUCUCGAAAACAGGGUCUUGACAAUGUUCACAAACAGAGAGUAGCUGAAGUGCUAAAUGACCCUGAGAGCAUAGAAAAAAGAAGAAGCCGAGAAAGUCUCAAUGUUGAUGUGGUAAAGUACGAGAGUGGUCCUGAUGGAGGGGAGGAAGUGAGUAUGAGCGUAGAAUGGAAUGGGGAUGGCACUGGAUCUUUAAAGCGCAGUGGUUCCUUUAGCAAACUUCGGGCUUCAAUUAGACGCAGCAGUGAGAAGCUGGUUAGAAAGCUGAAGGGAGGAAGUUCACGAGACAGUGAACCAAAGAAUCCUGGCAUGAAGCGUGCCAGUUCUCUGAAUGUUCUUAAUAUGGGUGGCAAGGCUGCUGAAGAUCACUUUCAAGAACGAAAUAAUUGUCUGACAGAUUCGAGAGUUCUGAGUGCCAGUCACACUGACUUAGCCCAUUGAGGUGCUGGAACUGAAGUAGCUAUUAACGGAGCACUGAGACUCUCAAAGCUUUGGUUCCUCGUCACUCUUGUUAGGAGCAUAUAGAUUAGAGGUUCCCUUGCAAAAGACUCUGAUUUUUUAUAUUUCCAAAAAUAUUACUUUUAAAAUGUAGUGACUUUUUCCUUUUAAAGGGACUGUAGGGUCACUGCUAUCUUCUGUGCUUAUCCUGAGCUUUGUUACUAAUAGAUUUUGCUAUCACAGUAGCCAUGAGCUAUAGAAACACUGAUAUUUCAAACAUACCAACAUAAGAAAGAACAGGAUGGUCUCUAGAUUCCCAGGGCUGAAAGUAGCCAAUCAGGUUACUCAUUAGCUCUUUACUAUGGCAUAGUAUAGGCAGGUUCAGCUUGCUCCACUGCUGCUGGCAGCCCAUUUAAUGCCUUUAUAUUUAUGCAUGGCUCCUAGAAUAGAGAUUGAAACUGGGACACCUGUGUAACAAAGAUAGGCUCAUCCAUGGAAGGAGAGUGAGGGGGCCAACAAGUGGUAAAGAUGGUCUGUCACACUUCCCUUUAGUUAGUAAUUGCACUAAAUUAUGCUGACUUUAUUUCUGUUCCUUUUUUGGCCCAGUUCUUACUAGGGCCUAUACAACUGGUCAUAAGGGGAAAUGAAACAAUUGAUUCUGUACCAGGCCAUCAUGCUUCACAGAACUAGAAGAGAUAUAGCCCUAGCCCCCAAAUUGCCCUUUCCUGUGUCACAGUCGGUUGGUGCUUUUGGGGACCUCAGCAGCAUAUAUUAACCCCAAGACAGGUUCUGGCUGGAUGACAGGUGGUAUUCUAUUGUCUUCCUUUAGGCUUUACUGUAAACUAAAAAGCUAUACCUUUGGAAAGAGGACCCACCUGGGUCACCUCAUGACAUCAGAGGGCUGAUUUCAGGUCACUCUUGAGAAGUUCUGUAAGACUUGGAGAGUGUAAUAAGCUACAAGCAGUCCUCAGUGAUUGAGCAUUGUGAAACGAAAAAGAAAGGAAGAAUUUACUUAUUGAUAAAAUCAUAAAGUUAGAAUAUAUACUUCGUGUUACAGAAAUACAAAUCUACAACUUUUUGCUUGUGAGCAGGCUAAAAAGAAAAGAUUAUGACCUUCCUUGUUGUGAAAUGCAGAUGAGCAAACAUUUUGAUUUUAUUUUAAUGCAGUAAUGAAGCCAUCUGUAUGUGAAGUGCACUUAAGUGUUUCCUAUAAAAUACUUGCCUAGUAGUAUCUCUAUAGAGAACUUGUUUGAAGUUGGCUACAUAGCUAAUGUCUAAUGUAGACAUUUUACACAUAGUGAUAAUGCUGCUAAUUUUAGUUUCCCAUACUGUAUCAUAUUUUAUUGGUGAAUUUAAGAGAACAAACUCUUUGGGAUUAUUUUAUAGCAAUUUUAUUUUUAAAGUUAAUUUGUUAAAAAUAACUUUGUAUAGUUAUUAAUAUAUUGUAAUAGAUUGCAAAGAUUAUGUAUCUGUAUGAGGUGUGUAUGCACUUUUUUCAGUUAUGUGCAUAGACUUUCAAUAUCAGAAUGACCAUUGUACUUGCCUUCUGUAGAAGAUUUCCUGUUCCAUGACCAUUAGCAUUAUUAUGUGAUUCCUACUUUUCCAGUGUACUAUCCAGUCUUCUCUUUCCUCCUUUCCCUGACGAUGAGACCAUGCUGCUUCACAUAGCCUCCAAAUUGCCCUUCUCGAUAGCAUUUAAGCUUGAGGGUUCCCAUAGAACUGGAACAUAUGUUUUGCAUUUAUUUUGCCUUUAAAAUUUUAUAGAAAUAGAUGUACUUUAGAUAUACUUAGAAAUUUUCUAUCAGGUUGUAAGAAGAUAGCAGAAAUAGCCAGGGACAGCUGUUUUGAUUUCAUGGCUCUAUAAAUCCCAUUUUUUAGUGGACUAGGUGUGCUGUAUUUAAAUUUGAUAUAUAAAAUACAGGAUUCAUUACACAUGAGAAGGUGAUGGGCAGCACGGUACCGUGGAUAGAGAGCUAGUCUUGGAAUUAGGAAGACCUGGGUUCAAGUUUUGUCUCUGAUACAUAACUGAUUGUUUGACCCUGGGCAUAUUAUUUAUCCUUUAAGUGCCCCAACCAUAAAGUGCAAUGAGGGGGGCAAUUUGUAUUGCUAGAACAAGUUCCAGAGGUCUUUUCCAGGAGUUUCCUAAAUUGAUAAAAUCACAAGUAUAGUUUUAAAAAAAAAUGAAAAUAGGCUGUAUUGCUUACUCUUUCCUUACUUUGUUCUCUCCAGUCACAUCUUAAAAUUCUUUCCUUUCCCUAAUCAAAAUUGAUUGCAUUAUGCACAAAAUGUAAACAACAACUUAAUGACUGAUGGUCCAGUUCACUCUAGGAUAACAAAACCAGGGCACAGUUAGGGUGGAUGGAAACAAAGACUUGAAAGUAGAAUUUCAUGUUAUUAGAUCUACUUUUACAUCUUUGUUAAAGAAUCCAAUUUAGGUUAGUCUCAGUUCUCUGCAGAUAUAUAGUUGUGAUUUUUCAUCUUUCAAUAACUUACUGAUUGGAAAUCAUACAAGUGGAUUUCAUAACAUCUGAGACCAUAAGAAUUAGAAAAACAUCUCUAGUGAAACCAGGCUGAAAAUUAAUUUCCCUUUUGAGAACUUUGAUUGCAUUCUUCUUGGCUACAUUUCAAGACGACAGUUUAACAUGGAAAAUUCUGCUUGAAAUCCUGAUUCUUAGAUUUUCAUAACGAUGCAAACAAAUCUACCAGUGUGUUGCUAUUUUAAUUGGAUUUCUGAAAUGAAAUUGCUUUUUUUUUAAAUCCAAGUAGAUGUCUUUUUAUAUUCACAUUCUUAUAUUCACAUCCAUUUGUUUCUUGCUAAUGUUUAGCCAAGAAAGAUUUUACCAUCAGCAUUGGAGAGAAACGAAUCCUGCACACAUUUCUAUGUUUUUGCACGUAAGUUUCUUAAGUGCAACUUGUGCAAGAAUUAUGACGAUUAGUGAGCACCAAAAGUUAAUGAGAAAUAUCAGAGGUGAAGUUACUAUGGACCAGUACUAUGCUGUCAUACCUAAAAUUGUCCUCUAGUAAAAUCUUCAGGAAAGAAUCUAUUUGCUUCAGGGAUGACUAACUCCCUGGGAACAUAUUACAGUUUUUAAUGAGAUAAUAGGGCUGUAGGUAGACCAUUUUCAUAUUGUGUGGUUUUUUACCAUUCUCUGCCUCACUUUGAAAGGUCAGUGAAAAAUCACAAAGUUAUUUAAAGUUUAUAUGUAGGUUGAUGAAUAUGGUGAAUGUUAAUGGGUUUACAUAGCCUGCUAAACAGUAGGUUUCUAACAUUUGGUUAUCUGAGUUUCUGUUGUUGAAAAUGCAUGUUAGCACUUGUUCUUAUGUAUGUUUACAGUAUGUGAUAGGGUCACAUGUACAGCUUGGGUAUGUUUUUUGGUAACUCUGGUCAGAGUGCUGCUGAAAAGUAUCAUGUUUUAAAUGUAAUUGUUAGGUUUAUUCAUAGAAGAGAGCACAGAUAUGUUGUGUUAGGAACUCAUGAUUGACUGUCUGAAAUGAUGUAGAAUAGAUUUUUGAAGGUUUCUAACUCCUGUAGAGAUUGCUUUGUUAGACAUGUACCUACUUAGGAAACUAAUUAAUGAGAUGACCAAGUCUCUGCACUUAAUAUUUUCAAGAAGUUUACACCGAUUAGAUUUAAAAAAAAUAAUAAUCAUGUAGGGCUCUCCCCUAUGGUUAUUUUUAACGUAAGGACACACAAGUCUCUUGGACUUGAACUGUAUCACGAAGGUCAUUUGGUCAGAGGAGAGUCUAAUACCCAGACACUAACUGUUUAAUUCCUCAGAAUUUGAAGGGUGACUUAAGUAUUUGAUAAAGGGAUAAUGAAGAUAAGCUAGAAAUCACAAAUCGCAUCUGGAAAAUAGACUUAAAAGGUAAGAAUGGCUGACAUGCUUGGAUAGGAUAAGAAUUUUAGCAUAGGUUCUUGUGUCUGAAGUCUAGAGUAUGUCUGAUGCCUUUCUAGGAUGGCAGUGUUUUAAAAUAGACUACUAAAGCUGAGGACCAUAUCUAGAGAGGACCAUAUCUAGAGUUGUUCUUUUGUAGCACUUUGGACUCUGAUGCUCUUGUCACUUUUUUAGUUUCCUUUUUAAAGAUACUAGCUUUGUCCAAAGAAUAGUUUGACAAAGUAACAUUUUAUAAAAUAUUUACUGUGUAUUUCAUAAGUUUAAGAAAUGUUUGCUUUCCUACUGAUGAAAAUGAUGGGAUAAAGUACAUAGUGCUCAGUGUACUUUUGAGGGGAAACUGCACAUCUAAUACUUGCUCAGUGAAAGCACUGGUUGUUAGGACCAAAGCUCUAGAAACACAUUUGUAGGCACCGUAGGGAGAAGUAGCAGAGGAAACACUGGGCUCUGGAGUCAGGAGAGUUGAGUGUGACUCCUCUUCAGGUGCUUUUUAGCUGUGGGUCCCUGGGCAAGUGAUCCUUAUCUGUAAAAUGGGGACAAUAUUGCUACCACCUCACAUGGCUGUUCUGGGGAAAGUGCUUCGCAAACCUUAGAAUGCUAUAGAGAUGUGAGUUGUUACAGAUACUAGAGGCAGUGAGUGAGGUGCGCAUAUAUACCACCUACAUCACAGCUUCUGUAGCCCACACUGCUUGAUACAGGGCAUGGAGGUAGUAGUAACAAGCAUGUGGAGUGCCUGUCUUGGAGCUUUCUCUCUUAGAAAAGUAUAAUUUCAUUUCUUAAGCUUGGUAUAAAAGUUUUCACUCGAUACCUAUUUUAUAACCUGUUUAUUGAUGGUAGUGUCAAAGCUGAUGUUUACAUUGAUUCUGGGAUUUACUGCAUGUUUUCAGAAGUGUGUGUCAUUUCUAUUAAAUUUAUGUGCUGCA